GUGUGGUGCUGCAGCCAUAGCAGAUACCUCAUAGGCCUGAGGAUGUGUCAUUGCUCACAAAGGACUCGCCUUCAACCUGUGCUCUGCAUUAACUAUUUAUCAUGAGGAGGAUGAGUCUGCUCUAUGUCUUGUACUUUACUGGGAGGGAAUGCAUUUUUUAUAAACGCCUCAGAAUUAGACUGUGAAGGCCGGGAAUCGGAUGAAGGCCUUUUCUCUAGCAGCCCAAUUAAAGGAAAGAUCUGAAUUGAUUCAAAUCACCAAUGCACUUGCCCUCCCAUGGAAGACAAGUUCCAGCUGCGGGCCUCUAUAGGUUCUAAAUUACCGAAAUUUGGUACAUCCAAGCCUGUAGGAAGCUUACUGCAACGGGCACAAAAUGGCACAUGUAAUGGACUAUCCGCUAAGGGAACCUUUAGUGUUGAAAAGCACAUUGAACAUGACAGGACACCUGCAUUCACUUUAAACUGGAGCAAAUCAAGAUAUCCACAAAAUGACCAAAUUUCAAGAGCACCUCCUAAUCUUGCCGUUGAAAAAGCCUCAUUUCAGGUAAUGGUGCAUAAUGAUGCACCCAGAUUAAGUAUCACAAAACCUGGGAAGCAAAGCAACAUUUUGGUGUCGCAUAAAAAAGACUUGAGUGACCAUGUACUGUCUAGUUCAAGUAAAUUUACAAAAGGUACCCAGUUUGGAAGGACUCCCUACCCUGGGUUGAGUGGACAUAAACCUCUGGCUAAUGGAGUUUACACAGCUAAGCCCCCAACCGGCUUAUAUAGACCAAGAGCCAAUUCUGCUACAAGUCAAAACUUCACCAAUAACGUCUUUCCUGACAACAAGACAUUCUCCCAUGUUAGGAGAUCACAGAGCUUUUCCCACUCUAUUCAAAAUCCCAAGUUUCCAGCUGCAGGAUUGACCAGGUCUUAUUCUCUUCACAGAGAAACGGAUAUGCCGAAAAUACAUCAAUCACAGCAUUUACUUACACGGGCAGAUCUUAGAUCCAGGACUGCAAAGCAGUAUGGUCUGUCAAAUGGUAAUGAGCCACACAUUAAAUCUAUGUUUACAAGGACAUAUCCUACAGGUAUAACAUCUAGUCUAAAGAAACCCGUUUUUACAAAUAGUCCUGUGGCUUUGGCUCCUUUAGGUUACAAAUUAACCCGUCCAUCUUUGCAGAAAGCAAGCAGAGCACCGUACACCACGGAAAUCAUUCCUGAUGGAACAAAAGGUUCUUCCGUCACUCCUAUAAACCACAAAAUAGAAUUCUUAUCAAAUGGGACAUGUCAAGGAAUGGACCAACACCAAGGGGAAGACACGGACUUGGACAUCGAUAUUCUUUCUUCGUGCAAUAAUCUAGAGCGGCAAGACUUCAAGGAUGGUUAUUUCAGUGAAGAUGUGGAUGAACUUUCUAUUUCCUCUUUGUCAUCGUCUGACAAGAAUGAUUUCAGUGAGGAUUUUAGCGAUGAUUUUCUAGACUUGGAAGAUGCGAAUAAAAUCACUAUUGUGGAAAAACCAGAGAAGACAUUGCUUGAUGAGCCAUCACAUUCGUUGACUGAACUGCACGAUGAAAAACAGAAUAUUGGCAAUAACCUGGAGGAGUGGCUUGAUAUGAAUAUGUCUGAUUUGGAAGAUGGGAAUAAAGCACUUAGUGAUGAAAAACUUGACAAACCCUUACCAGAAGAGCCAAUAUAUUCAUUGGGUGAAAUCAAAGCUAGAAAUCAACGCAACAGCAAUACUUCAGAUGACUGGAUUGAUGUGACUAUAUCAGUACAAAAUGAAGCAGAUCCCAAAAGCCAUUCUUAUGUGGAGAGCGGCGUAUCUCCAGACAUGGAUUAUAGAGAUCCACCAUCUUCAUUGGAGCUUUCUCCAUCCGACAGCUCUGGUGGAACUUAUAUGUGGGAUGAAGAAGGAAUGGAACCAAUUGGAAAUGUCCAUCGGUGCGAGAGCUACGAGUCAUCAGAAAUGAAUAGCCUGGACAUCCUCAAUAAUAUAGAGACCUGUGACCUGGAAGAGGAUGACCUAAUGCUGGAUGUGGAAAUACCAGAAGACCCACCAUGUGACCCUGGUGAAGGUGAAAGUAUGAGCCGGUUUGAUAGAUCUGAGCGAAGUCUGAGGCAACAAAAACUGUUUUGGAAGAGGAAUCCUCCCCGACUUAAUGGGCAAGAGCAAUACCACCUGAGCAAUCCUGAACACUACCAUAAUGGCAGGGGAUCAUCUUGCUUGGAGUCUCCAUCUGAUCAAAAAGAUGGCUAUGGAAGUCCCUAUUGUAGUCCGCUGUCACCAAGGUCUCCUCAGGCAAUUGGCUUACAAGAAAACACUGUCAUGCUGGAUGAAAUGACUCUCCGACACAUGGUCCAAGACUGCACCACUGUAAAGACGCAGCUUUUAAAGCUAAAGCGGUUUCUGCAACAAGAGGAUGAUUCAGAGUCACCAGUGCAAGAUGUACAGCUAUGCAUCCCAACUACGAUUGAGCAAACGGAGGCAGAGACACAUUUAAAGACUGAAGACCUGCUGACUGAGAUCCAGCAGCUAAAAGAGGAUUCUAGAAAAAAGGAUGAGAUGAUAAAACAAUUACAGGAACAACUGAAAAUAGGAUGUAAAUGCCAGAAAGAAAUCCAAGAGCCCAAGGUGGAGGCGUCAAAGCAGCACGAGAAGUUUACGCAGACCAGCUGGAAAAGGAGUUCAUCUCAAAUACUACAGUGUUCCAGCAGCACCCUCAGUUCCACAGACCUCCCCUCGGGAAAAUUAACAGCAUGUCAACUUAUCGAGGUCCCAAAUGAACCAGAAAAGCAAAUCCAAGAAUCUUUAUCUAAUUACCAGAGUGAUGAUUCUGGUGCCAGCUCCAUCAUCCCUGCAAAUGAACUAAGUGAUCUGUUAAGCAUGCAGUUGAAGAUAAAUGAUGGCGAAGACAAACCUAAAAAUAAAAAGGAACAAGACAAAAAUCAUGCACAAUUUGAUGAGAACAAAAAUGUUAAACGGUAUUCUACUGACAUUUUACACGAAUUUUCACCUAGUCAACAAAAGGAUGUAAAGUCUAAAACAAGUGUACAUACAUCAUUACCUGGACAAAUCUCAAGCCCAAAGACUUUGCAGUGCCCAAAGCCCAAACUGCAAAAUACUUUGGCACAUCGAGGAAACGCUUUAUCCUCCCCAAACUGUAGCUCCACAGACUCUAAAAUUUUGGUGAAUUCGUUAAGCCCUUCUGUUCAACAAGAGAAUUUCCAUACCAAAAAGAAACCGAUCAUACCGAAUACCAAUCCUGUGCAUCAGACAACUGUAAAUGUCACUCCUGACUCCAACACUAGCAAACUGGAAAGGAUCAAUUCACCUUCUAGUCAGACCCCAUUGACUAAACCCAUGCCAGAUAGAAGACGCCUAAUUCACAGUACGUUGCCAUCCACUGAUAAGUUGUCAAGUGAAGGAGAGUUAUCUUCUCAUCUGCGAGCUCCAGCAGCUGAAUCCUCAAAGCUAGUAAGCAAACUAAUGCCCAAGGGAUCAUUGCUCAGACCUCCAAGUAAUCUUCCUUCCAAACUAAAGGCACCAAAUAUUUCCAAGCCUGAUGUACUUUCACAAGAUGUUCCUAAAGAACCCCCAAAACCCCCAGGAAAGGCUUCAUCUUCAGUUCUCCCUAGACCCCAUUCAUAUAAAAAAGAUGGUAUGCGCGAAGCUGAUACUUGCUCCAUCCCAAAGAGGCUAUCCCGACUCCCUCAACCAAAGUCAAAUUAAAUGAAAAUAAUAUAGUUAUACUGUAUGCUUAAACGUAAUAGUGGGUACAAUGGUAGUCUCCUGUUUUAAGGAAUGACAGUGGCCAUGGUAGGGUUUUAAUACAGUUUAUUGUCAAUGUUGGGUUACCAAGAACAUCAUGGGGGGAAAAAAAUUCUUGACCUAUACAAAAUAUCUUGGCUUUGACAUUGACUAAGUAUCCAGUUUGCCUUCUACAGCAGUUCAACGGUUAUAAACUAUAUGCUGCAGAUGUGUUCAUCCAUUUUACAGAUUUUCUUCUGAGUCCUGAUCAUCACAUAGUGCAAAUAUAAACCAUAUAUUUAUGCAUAAUAUAUAAUUUACUGCCAGUUGUACAAUAUAUUUUCAAGUUCUAUGCAAGUUUGUCACUUAUUUAUCUAUCUUAAGAUUAUAAAUUGUAUUUAUUAAGUUGAUAUUUGUAUUUUGCACAUUACCCUGUUUAGAUCUGCAUACUAUAAUUUUGUACUUGUAUCGUGGAGUUCAUCCACACAGGACACAGUCUACAAACAAACUAAUUUGCCGCUACAUAAAGAAAUUGAUUCCCUCAUUUUUAAUCCUUUGUGAAUAAGUCUUUAUGAAAUAACUCUUCCUUCACAUUCAUAUUAGGUAUCUGGUGGCCUUUGUUCAGUUUCCUUGCAAAGUUAGGACCAAAAACAUUGCAUAAAAUGCUUUAGGGUGGCAUAACAGUAUUAUCAACAGGACUUUCAGCUCUAAGUUAAUUAUUUAAAGUUAAAUAGCACAGAUUUCUACAUUUUAUUCUGUGGAUAUUAAUAUUAAAACUGUUCGAUAGAUUAUACGGUGCAUAGAAAUAAGCUUCAGAAGGCUGCAGGAAAGCUUUCACAGAAGUUCAGGUUGUUUGCUUAUGUUUUACACUAAAUCAAAGUGUUAGUACACACCAAAAUCUAUUGAUGUUUAAUAGAAGAAAAAUGAAGGGCUUCUGCAUUUAGAUCUCAUUGCCCUCUUUCUACUUUAGAAGCCAAGA